CGACAAAUCACCAACUCAUCGCGCAGCAGGCGGCGCUGCAAGCCUCUCUGUCUGCAAUCGCGGCUUCGCUGGGCCCAAAUCAGAAAUGCCGCCGUAGGGAACAUAGAGGCUGCAAAACGAUGCCAUGUACUACAGCAUCGGAAAUCAAGGCAAGAUCAUGCGCAAGCUGCUGGGCAAGACGACGCCUGAUUCGGCCCACGACACGGCUGCACCACCCGCCGCCAUCACCAGCGCGCCUAUUGCUCCCCAUUAUCGACCAAGCUCAUCUCAAGAUGUUGUCUACAAUGCCGGAGUGCCCAUUGCCGCUCUGGACCGCUCGCCCGAUGGCCGCUCCGCAGUCCUCGCUGGCCGCCACGUGCUCAAGACUGUUACCUUCGACGGCCUCGCGGUCAAGGAAGGCAUCGACUUGCGUGCCUUGAUUACCGCCCAACCCUCCCAGCGCAACAACAUGUCCACUUCGGUUGCCGACCAGCUGUCCAUCAAAGCCGUCAAGUGGGGAGAGCCGCAGGGCAAGCAGGCCAUCUUCACUGCCGGCACCAGCGGCAAGAUCUUCCAGUACGACCUCGUGCGUGCCGGGACGACGGCCCCCGGCUCCCCGGUCGACUGUAUCCAGAUCCGGGAGGACUCGCGCCAGAUAAACUCGCUGGACAUCAACCCUCACCGGAACUCGUGGCUGCUCUCGGGCAGUCAGGACGGCAUUGUGCGCUGCUUCGAUAUCCGACAGCCCACCCAGACCAGGACCGGCGCCACUUUCCGCUCCAUCCAGGCGUUCAAGUGCAACGCCGACGGAGUGCACCACGUCCAGUGGAACCCUAGGGAUGGCUUCCUCUUUGCCUGCGCCACCGAGCAAGGCUCCCUGCUGAAGUGGGACAUGCGGAAGCCCAGCGCGCCCAUUCUACGCAUCAAGGUCCACGAGAAAUCGUGCACGUCGAUGGCCUGGCACCCGGACGGCAUUCACAUCGCCAGCGGCGGGGUGGACAGCAAGUGCCGUAUAUGGGACAUGUCCAAGCAGGACAAGCGACAGAAGCCCAAGUGGACAAUCUCCACCCCAGCCCCCCCGGGGACCUUGGCCUGGCGCCCGGGUCAGUGGUCGGCCACGGCCCAGGGGAAACGGGCGUCGCAGCUGGCCAUCUCAUACGACGAGACCAGCCAGAAGCGCUACGGUAUCAACGUCAUACAUCUCUGGGAUCUCGCCCGUCCCACCAUGCCCUACAAGGAGAUCCAGAGGUUCGACACGUCUCCGAGCGCCAUGCUCUGGCACGACCAGUACCUCUUGUGGACGGCGGGGCAGGACGGAAUCUUCAGCCAGUGCGACAUCUCGUUUGCGCCCAAGGUCAUUGACCGGCAAGCUGUCUCUACGAUGGCGUUCUCCCCACGCGGUGACGUGCUCAUGCUCCUGGACGAACGCCCCCCUCCUCAGCGGCCCCGGCCCCACGUUGUGCACCACGAAGCCGUUGCGGUGCCGUCUUAUAGCUCGAGCCCCACGACCCCGAAGUUCGGCGUCAGCCGAAGUGACUCCGAGGACGAUGCUAUCGGGAGCUUCAUAGGACCAAAACGGCGUGGCAGCCGUAGGCGGCGCCCGAGCACCCGCUCAACAGCCACGCUCAGCACGACGCCCCCGGCUGGCCCGGGAAUGGAGGAAGUCAUGUCGCUGGAGCAGACCAUUAAAGCCACUGGUCCCUACAAGCCGCAGCAAUCCAUGGCGGUCGGGCACGUUCCGGCUGCCACCAACGUGGACGUGUACAGGUACUUGACCGUGAACUAUCUCGAAGCGCUCCACAGGGACUUGCCUUACUCUGCAGGCGCCGGCCUCCUCCCGGACCGGGUCGCUACCAUCCUGGAGCACUACGCCAAGGCUGCAGCAAGCGUGAGGCAGUUUCGACUCGCACAAACGUGGCGCAUCCUUGCGUAUGCCGUUGAAAUGCUACUCCACAAGCGCGCGCAGUACCACCUCGAUCGCCGGAUGGAUCGUCAUCAUUAUUCGGCGCGAAGGAAGAGCGAGGCUAAGGCCGAGGCCAGGGCGAAGGCCAAAGCUAAGGCGAUGGCAGAGGUAUUUAACGCGCCAAUGCCGACUAUUGUCGAUGGGGAGGAAACGCCCCGGAAGGUCUUCUCCUUUGCGAGUCUUGACAAGACCCUGCAUCCAAGAUCCCUCCUUUCCGAAGAGCUAGAAAGCACCUCGAACGUGCCCACUCCCGUCGCACGCCCGGUCACGGAUGGCCCAGAAGCCCCUCGCGAAGGUGAGUUCCAGAGGCGGAGGGAGCUUAUGCCCAUAGUCGAACCAGAGAGCUUCACUCUGCCCCCGGCGGCUCAUCCUGCCUCGCUGGUUACGCGCAAACGGCUUGACUCUGUACCGCUUUCUAUCGCAAGCCACGAUAGCGGAGCCACUCAUGCCAGUACAGAAGGCUACGACUUUUAUGAUACCGAAGCCAUCCUGAGUAAAGCCGUCGAUAUUCCGACCCCGGGGCCGAAGCCAACUCAAACUACCGAUUCCCGCGAGGGCGGAUCGCCAAGCACGGCACGGAAGCUCCUACUAAGACAGGACUCCGAGGACAGCUACGUCCACCUCCUCUCCAUAUCGGCCGAAAGCAAGCGGGCCAAAAACCCGACAGCGUCUAUCGAAGGCAGCGCUACGGAGCAAGCAGCCCGCGCUGCGAUUCUGGCCGAGCUGCGAAGGGAGAGCCGAGAAGGAUCUGAGCCCCGGGCGCGGGGCGGUGACUUGCAGAAAUCGCCUGAGCGCAAUCCCAUUGCUCCCUUCCGCACGAUGCUCGGAAGGACGGAGACAGACAUGACCGGUUUUACCGAUGAACACCACGCAAUAACGCAAACCACGACUGACAGCUUCGAGUCGCGUUUCCCCUCCCAGACGGACGCGGACUUUGUCGCUACAUCACCUCUGGUAGAGGGCCCAGCCCCUGAUUUCCCCGCAGUUCCUGAGGACGACCAAUCCCCCUUCAUCGUCGAGACAGACUACCUCUGCUGGCCUGACGAUCAGCCUUACCCUUACCCAGCCAACCCAUUAUCAGGGCCUUCGACCGUAUCAUUCAACAACCCUCUUCAACCCUACUCCCUCAUAUCCCGCGCGCUGGCCUUCGAAGCCAAGUCGUCAGCGCUCAACGCCUCGGCCAUCAUCCUCCUCUUGAAGCCACUCCUUCCAGACGGCGUCCUGGACAAUUUCCAAGUCGCUGCGAUCCUCCGCCAACACCAUGCCCGUCUAAUGAGCAUGGAGCUCUUCACCGAGGCCGCGUUGCUUCGAAAGCUAUGCAUCAAAGGCUGGCCGGGAGGGGUUCUCCAUUCCUGGGGCGACAACUACCCGGCCAUAUUCACCCCCGCCCAGCAGGGGGUCCAGGCUGGCUUCGUCUGCUCGGCGUGUCACAGGCCGCGGGACGUCGACCGCUCUGCCGGGUCGGUCGACUCGGUGUGGCGGUGCGACCGGUGCCGCGCCGCCAUGGCCGGGUGUGCGGUGUGCGGGGGGAGGGAUAGCGUCGUGCCCGCGCGCGCGCUUCCGCUGCCUUCUUCGACAUACCCCGUGACGUGGUCGGGGUCGUCGGCCCUACCUGGCGACGAGGACGAGGCGGAGAAUGGCGACCGGGAGGGAAGGGUCGUCGUUGUCGACGACGACGACGACCACCACCACCACCCCGCGUUGUUGGCGACGUGGUGGUACUGCCCCGGCUGCGGACACGGCGGGCACUCGUCGUGUCUGCAGUCGUGGCACGCCGCGCUCGAGCCGGGGGGGCACCCGGCCCUCGAGGACGCGCCGCAGACCGCGGAGCCGAGCGAGGGUUGUUGUCCGCUGGACGGGUGUGGCCACCGAUGUCUGCCGACCCGGCGCGGGCUGGACAGCGUGGUGACGCGUUCCGAGGACGUCAGCCGCGUGGUCAGGGAGGCCACGAGGGCCGUGGCCAAGGCGACCGUCGCCGCCGCCGCUGCGGCCGCCGCUGAGGCGGCGUCCCAGAGGGGGGCCGGGGCCGCGGCGGAAGCCAGCCAGGUGGCGACGCAGUUUGCGGACGAGCAGCAGCAGCAUGCGGAGCUCGGUGGCGGUGGCGGUGGCGGUUUCGGCGGCGGGUAUGGCGGGAAGCCUCCUCCGCUGCCGGUAAGGAGCGACGGGAACGAUAUCCCGCAGAGCAGGGCGGUCGAGACGGCACGGGAGACGCUGGGCGGUUCUGGCGGGUUUGGGAGCGGAAUGAGAGCGUCGGGGACCGGCAUCCUCAGCUCGAGUCCCGGACGAAGCGGGAUCGGAGCUGAGAGGGAGAGGAGAAAGAGCGUCAAGUUUGUGGCUACCGACGAGAGGCGGUAGUGUUCUGGAUAUCUAAAUGACGGCGGUACCGGGGCAUAUUUAGAAGUUAUGAUCUUGCGCUUGUUUAUAAUUACCUCAUGUGCAAAACCUACGUUAUGUGUAUCUGCGAUAUUAUCAAGGUAUCAUCC